GUCACUGUCGAAUUUAUGAGACACGUGCACGGUUUGGCAUGGUUUAAAUUCGUUAUCUUUUUUUUGCAUUCGUUCGAGAAAUUUAGCACAUUAUAAUGCAAUUUUGUUUUCCAUUUUGUUACAAUACAUUUCGCUUAAAUACCUUUGCAAGUGGCCACUUUCUGUCAGUAGUUUGGUGUUGGAAGCGUGCUGUGAAGUAAAAUCUUUAGUUAGGGAGCUCAAAGCACACCUAACCAUGAUCAUCGAUAGUGAUAAGACACAUGGUAUGUAGCAUGAAAUCCUAUUUCCACAUCAACCAAGCCUUUUUUAGUCAACUUAAACAACCCCUUCUUUCCCAGCGCUUCUCUGGAUCCUUUUAAUGUGGCAUCAUCUAGAGCUGCAUCUGUGUGUCGGGCAGUGUGUGGGUGCAGGGUUUUUUAUAUGCGAACUAGGCACCAUCAACAUGACCUCCGACGGCGGGGUGAAGCUGCGGAGAGCGAUUGAAAAGCAAAAGAUAGUACACAUUGAGAAGCUCAUCGUGGCGGUUAGUGCUUCUGGACCAUUUCUGCAAAAAAUUACCAAUUUCGUAGAUACCGUCAUAUACAACAACUACCGCGAUGCUACCUUCUUCGUACCGAACGAUAACACUAUCAGUGAAAUCGACAUCAUCAGUGCUCGAACCACACGAACGUUCAUAGCUGGAUCAAACGUUAAUCUAGAGAGCUUCAGCAUUGAACAGUGUUUGAUUGAUCGUUUGCCGCCAACUCUUUCCAAGAUGACCCGAUUGAAAAGUUUUUCAAUAAGACGCUGCAUGUUGACGGUCCUACGACUGGAUAUGUUUGUAGAAAACCAGAAUCUAAACUAUCUGGAUUUGUCCUACAAUCAAAUACGGCAAUUGAUCCCAAUCACCGGGCGACCCGCUAGGAUGUUAAGCAUAGCAAAACUAUAUCUCGCUGGCAAUGUGCUAGAGCGUCUUGAUAUGGCUGUAUUUGUAGCCAUGCCGCUACUAUCAGAGCUUUACAUUACCGAUAAUCGAAUUGUUACCUUGGAUGUGUCAGCACCCAUCGCUCUACCAAAUCUUUCCGACUUGUACCUCGGAUACAACAAGCUCGUAUCACUCGAUCUAAGAAACUUGACACUUCCCAAGGUUGAAACAUUCUCGUUUGGCCCCAACGCUCUCACACAGAUGCCUAUCCUGCCAAGACUAAUGCCAAAAUUUAACUACAUAUCACUCUUUGCAAACAAUCUAACCCAGCUAGACAUGACCUAUUUCCGACCGUACCCGAACCUGCAAAAAAUCUAUAUAACUUCGAAUCAAAUCACCACUGUACGAGCUUCUUCUCCUGUGCGAUUACCGCUCGUUCAUCUCGUAUUGACUGAUAACAAAAUCACUACGUUCAACAUCACCGGAUGGCACAUGCCUAACAUAACAUUGCUGAACCUUGAUGGGAAUAGACUCACGUUGGUACCUCCUGUUUUUGACCGCUAUCCAAAAGUUGUUCUAGUUAUGGAUCGUAACCCACUACCGUGCAAUGCUUUGUCACCGUUCAAGGAUCGACUAAAUAACGAUCAACUGCAGAAAGAACAGCGACCUUUGUUGAUGGCAUGCACUACCACAUCAUCGUUUGCAAUUGAUGAAACAUUAAAGGCGUGCUGUGAUAAAUGAAAUACAGUAAAAUUUUCCCAACACUACUUCUCUAUGAAUCAGGACAAUUUCUGCGAGCGAGUUGUCCUAAAAUAAUGUCUCGUGGUUUAAAGAGGAAAAUAACUUUUAUAGUUCUGGGUAUGCGUUGCAUAGUCGGCGAAUGGGAGUGAGUUUUCAUCUAGACGCUGUGUUAGAGAGACCUACAAUAUACGGAAAAUGACAAGGCCGUCUAAAUAUUCCAAUAUGAGAAACCAUUCAUGUAAGAGGCACUCCAAAUACGAGCAGCACAAAAGUCACACAAUAAACCCCAAAAACCAUAGUGCGGCUAACUACAUUUCGUCAUAAUACAAACAUAUACAACAUAAGUGAUGGCGACAUAGCAACAGAUGUUUAUUAAUAUUGAAAUAACAGUUACAAUAACGUAGCUAGUG